CGCCACAGGGGAGGGCGGCGGUUCGGCUUCUCCAGCGGGGCGGCGCUACCAGCGCCCGCUCCCGCCCCGCGGUUGAGUCGCUUCUGCAGUGGCUCACCCGCGCACCGCGGCGGCGGCGGAGGCGGGAGGGUGCCGAGGUGUGUGCCAGCCGCUGCCCCCCCACCCCCCCGGCGCCGCGCUGUGGGCGGUGCCGCGCAUGCGCGGUGCAGGCCGGCCCCUGGCGACGGCGGUGUUGUGCCGCGCGGCGUUGCCGGGGCGGGGGUGGCUCCGUUCUGCGCCGCCCAUGGCCGCGGCCCUCGCGCUGCCGCCGCCCGCCCGCGCCAUGGAGGAGCCGGCGGGUCCCGAGCGCGGGGCGCGGGGCGGCGGCGGGGGGCGGUUCCCGCCGUGCCUCAGUCCCGAGCGUGGCGGCCGGGCGGCGGCUGAGGGUGAGGAGGGUGCGGGUGCGGGUGCCGGUGCCGCCGCCGCCGCUGUGGAGCUGCCGUGGGGGCCGCGGCCGGCGCUGCGCGGAGAGGCCCAGCGCGGGAGUCGCCGCGGGCCCGGCCGUGCCCCCCGCCCGCCCGCCGCCGCCGCCGCUUCCCUGCGCGCCCUUACGCCGCCGCCCGCCGUCCGCCGCGGCCUAGGUGAGCUGUCCCGCAGCCUGGCCUGGCAGCUGGGUGGCCCCGGGCCCGCCGGGCAGCGGGAGGAGGAGCCCGGCGCCCAGCCGUUCCCGCCCGCCGGCCGGCAGCGGCUGCUGGAGGGCCGGCUGGGUGGCGAGGGCACGGCACCACCUCCCCCCGCCCAGCCCGGCAGCGCCGGCCUGAAGUUCGGGCUGUUGCCGCCGGAGCUGCACGCUCGCCUGCUGGACCAGGAGGACUACAAGAGCCGCACGCAGGCCGUGGAGGAGCUGAAGAGGGUGGUCGGAGGUGUCAGCCAGGCUGCGGUGGCCUCCACGCCAGCCCCCAGCCUCCUGGGGCUCAUCAGCUUCCUCUACACCCUCCUCGAUGACUCCAACUUCAAGGUGGUGCUCGGGGCGUUGGAGGGGAUACAUCUGCUGGCCCUGCGCCUGGGCGACCAGGUCCAGGCCUUCCUGGUGCCUCUGGUCUCUGCUGCUGCUAAAGUCCUGGGGGACAACAAGCUGGCCAUCCGGCAGGAGUACAACCGCCUGUUCCUGCGGCUGAUGAAGGCGGCGGGUCCUCAGCAGGUGCUGGGGCUGCUGCUGCAGCAGGAGCAUCUGCAGCACAAGAACUCCAAAGUCCGCGAAGAGGUGGUCAACAUCUGCAUCGUAGCCCUCCUCACUUACCCUGGUGAGGAGCUGGACUUGGCCAAGCUGGCGUUUGGGCUGGCCCCAGCACUGGUGGACAGCAAGCGCAGGGUCCGGCAUGCUGCCAUGGAGGCGUUUGCUGUGCUGGCGUCUUCCAUGGGCCCCGGAAAAACCGCCCUUCUCUUCAAGGCGGUGGAUGCCGUGGAACUGGAGGACAACGGGGAUGGGGUGAUGCAUGCAGUGCAGGCCAGGCUGGCCAGGAAGACUUUGCCAAAGCUAGUAGACCACGGGUUUGUAGAGUAUGCGGUGCCCUUGCCGUCAUCUGGUCAUAACAGGGGGUCAUGCGUACCCCCCGGAGCAGAUACAGACUGGUUGUUGAUGGGCAGCAGGACUCAGAGUGCACACAGUUACUGCGGGUAUCACGCAAGGGACGAUGCUCUGCAAAACUCCAACUCGCACAGUGCAUAUGCCGACCAAGGGAUAAGUCCAAGAAGAGUCCUGAGUGCAGGCAAAGGGAAAAACAAACUGCCUUGGGAAAAUGAGCAUGCUGGAGACAGGGAAGGUGGUUCAGGAGUCAAGAUGCCUUUCACAAAGGGUGUGGAGCAGUUCUCUACAUCCAAUGAUUUUCUUCAUUCUCCAAAGUUAAGGCCCUCUCAAGGAGUACCAGUCAGUGAUGAGGUUUUUUUUAGUAGAAAAAGAUCUUCAAGGAAUUUAUUUCAGAACAGUAUAGAUUUUAACUCUGACCAUUCUUCUGUUUGUGCUGGUGCUAUGGGCUCUCAUCAGCCGCAAAGUUCAGGGAAAUGUGGAACACUUGGAUACACGCAGACACGUGGCAAGAGUGGUAGUGUGGACUCUGAUUUACAGUUUUUAGGAUUAAAUAACUGUCAGCAGGACAAAGUUUGUGCCAGCUUAAAUUUUUCCAGCAAGACCCCGAGAAGUUUCUGCAAUCAAGCAGAGCAGACGCUGUCCUUCCAAGGUCCUAACGCAAGCCAGGGCGCCUUCAUUCUGCCGUCUUACCCCCUGUCAUCGCCCAGGAACAGCCCAAAGCACGUCUCCUCUCCGGCUGACUCCCCAAAGAAGUCACAGGAUAAUACCAUCAACUUCUCAAACUCCUGGCCUCUGAAAAGCUUUGAAGGACCGCCUAAGCCUAGUUCACAGACGCAGCUGCUCAGUCAGAAGGCAGGAGACAGUACAGGGGAGAACUUGCAGGAGAAGCACGCUCCUCUGCAGCUGAAACCCACCCUGGUGAGACACCCAGCUUCCCGCAGGGGCCUGAACGGGACCAGACCCGUCCCCCCCAUACCCCGCCUCGCCAGCCCGCUGCCCGAUAGGAUUGAUUUUAAUGUCACAAAGUGGAGAAAUGAAGAGUGUGAGGACGUGUGGCUGAACGAGGUGGAUCGGAAGCUUGCAGCUGAUCUUUCAGAGCUAAACGUUGAUGGCGAGGAAGUGGACCAAGAAGAGAUGCAGAAUUCACUUAGAUCGCUACGAAACAGUGCAGCUAAGAAAAGGGCAAAGCUAAGCAGCAACAUUUCAGACCUCGAAAGUCCCGAUUCUGCUCUUAAACUUGACCUGUCUGCGGAGUCCCCUUGCCCGAGCGCGGGUUCCUGCAGUGAAAGCGGAAUUUACAGCCAGGAGUCUCUGACCUCGCCGGUGUCCGCAGUCCCCCAGAGAAGGAGAAUAACGUCAGACACCUUUCCACUACUUGGCAGCAAAUCACAGCCUGCAAGACUAUCUUCAGCAAGAAAGAGAGACCCAAAUGUGGCAGAGCAGAACUCCAGCACAGCAUUUGACGAUCAGGGGACUUCUAACGUUAGCAUAGUCGGCCAGCGUUUGAACUGUGGUAACGGAUGUGGAGAUUAUGAGGACAAGAAGCAAGGAGAAGUGUCACGUACUAUUUUUAAAAGUCAAAGCAUGGAACACCAAAGAAAUUUUAAGCAUUCAAAAGGUCUUGCAGAGUCAACAUCUAGUUUUCCAGAGAUGAACAAUCUAGAUUUCAUUUCACCAAGUGUCCUGUCUGAAGAUGCAGUUGUAAUUGUUGGUAAAGGUGUUUUUGGAAGCCCUCCUUCUGCACGGACAUACAGCCAGUCCCUGAGCUGUGUAGCGAAUGGAGAAGACCAGGAUGCCCAGGAGGAGACAGAACCAUCAGCGGGGACCUGUGGGAGAGGCAUCCAGCAGAACAGGGCUGCUCAUCUCCGCGUUGACAGCGAAAGAGAGAUAAAAGUUGCCAUGUCAAAAUCUGCCCAAGAUAAGAUGAGACGGAAGAAAAAAGAAGAGAAAGAACAGAGUCAUAAAGAGCAUCAGGAAGUCAAAGACCUGGAGGAAAAGGAAGGAAACCCUUGGGAAAGGCUUAAACUGAAUGAACCAGAGAAAAUGACAACAGAAAAGUUAAAUCUCUGUGGGGAUAUAUUAACAUCGUCAAGAAAUCUAUCUUUGUCAUUAGAAAACGUGGCCUUGAAUCCUUCUUCCUUAAAAAGAACAUCCAGUUUGAAGAAGACAAAAUGUUCAGCCCUGCUCAAUUCUGACGACAUUUCUCUUGGGGCACGAGGCCGCUAUAAAGACCGGACCCCGUCAGUCGCUCAUAGCCCAGAAAUAAUGGACCCGUCAGAGCUGCAGCCCUUCUCAAAACCCGAAGUGGCGCUGACGGAAGCCCUGACCUUUUUAGCAGAUGAGGACUGGGAGAAGAAAAUCGAAGGUCUGAACUUUGUUAGAUGCUUGUCUGCCUACCAUGCGACUAUUCUGACUGCAAAGCUACACGAAACAAGUUUGGCUGUGGCUCAAGAGGUCAAGAAUUUACGCUCAGGUGUUUCUCGAGCUGCUGUGGUCUGUUUAGGGGAUUUGUUCACCUACCUGAAAAAGAGCAUGGAUCAAGAAGUAGAUAAUACAGUAAAAGUCCUUUUGCACAAAGCUGGUGAAUCCAACACAUUUAUAAGGGAAGAGGUAGACAAAGCACUGAAGGCUAUGGUUAAUAAUGUGACUCCAGCACGUGCACUUUGUUCUCUUAUAAAUGGAGGGCAAAGCCACCUGCAUUCAGCGGUGAGAAGAUGCACGGCCCAGCACCUCUCGGACAUUGUGGAACGUAUGGGACCCGAGCGCAUUCUGUCUGGAACCAAAGCUGUGGCUGAUCGGAUUUUCCCUGCAAUAGCCAGGUUUGCACAGGACAGUUCACAGCAAACAAGGUAUUAUGGUCGAAAGAUGCUCUUCAGUAUGAUGACUCAUCCUGAUUUUGAUAAAACGCUUGAAAAGUAUGUGCCAGCCAAGGAUUUGCCUUACAUUAAGGAAUCUGUUAGCAAUCUACGUGAAAAGGGUUUGGGGGAGAUGCCAUUAGAUACGCCCUCAGCAAAAGGAAGACGUUCCCACACUUGUAGCGUUGGACAUUCGAGGUCAUCAUCUACUUCCAGAGAUGCUCUCAGCAUCACUGACAGAGAGACUACAGAGGCCCGUGAAAUCACCAGAAAAACAGCUCCUCGUAACGCACUAGAAAGUGAAGAAUAUGUUAAAGACAUUAUAGGUUUAUUGAACGCAAAAGACUUCCGUGAUCGAAUAAAUGGCAUUAAGCAGCUGUUAUCAGAUACAGAGAACAAUCAGGGCUUUGUCGUUGCAAACCUCGUGAAGAUCUUUGAUGCUUUCAAGUCUCGCUUACAUGACUCAAACAGUAAAGUAAAUCAGGUUGCUCUGGAGACCAUGCACAAGAUGAUUCCAUUGCUGAAAGACAAUUUAUCACCUGUGAUCAACAUGUUAAUUCCUGCCAUGGUAGACAACAACCUGAACUCCAAAAAUCCAGGGAUUUAUGCAGCUGCCACAAACGUUAUUCAGGCUUUAUGCCAACACUUAGACAACUAUUUGCUCCUCCAGCCAUUCUGUACAAAAGCCCAGUUUCUGAAUGGAAAAGCAAAACAAGACAUGACAGAAAAGCUUGCUGAUCUUGUUAUGGAGUUAUACCCACGGAAGCCUUAUGCUGUGGAGCAAAAAGUUCUGGUUGUCCUCUGGCACCUCCUGGGAAACAUGACGAACAGUGGCUCUUUGCCCGGAGCUGGAGGAAACAUCCGGACAGCCACAGCAAAAUUAUCAAAAGCACUUUUUGCACAGAUGGGCCACAGUCUGUUAACUCACGCUGCGUCUCAGCCACCGCACAUCAGGAAGAGUUUAGAAGAAUUUCUGGAGAUAGCGACCUAGAAGAACGGUCUCAGGUGGACAGCUGUUUACAGGGAGGCACGCGGGACUGUCCCCGUGUUGCUGGUUCGCAGUGCCUGCGUUUCCCACGCAGAAGGGCCGCUGUUGCAGAGCACGGGGCCGUGCUGGGGCCGACUCCCUCCCCGCCAUGAGCUCGGCUGCGGGCGAGCGCCCGGUGAUGGAGGAGAAGUCGCUCCCGCCCGUCUGCUCUUCUCUUCAGCAGAUACAGCACAGCACCCUGCCUGUCGUGGCGGAUGUCAGAUGGCCGAUGAAUAAAUACGCUUAUCACAUAGUCAUGUUUUGACUUGUUGUAGCACGAAGCUUCACAUUGAUAAGUGGAAGAAAAUCCUGGAGAUCGUUAUACAGGACAACAGGGUUUUGUGUGGUAUUUGUGAAAAAUAAUGUUAUUUUUUUAAUCCACUUACACGGUUGUGCAGUAUUAGCUUGCUGUGGCUGCUGUUACGGUACUGUAAUGUUCGCUCGGUGGCUGGGCAUGCUCACCUGCAUGGGAAUGUACAACCCGGGCACCUCACGGCCAAGCACGGCGACCUGCUCUGGGGGAAACGGGCCUGAACCUCUUCCUUUUUCCUUUUCCUUUUUCCCUUUUUCCCUUUUCCUGGCGGCGCCGGUAAAGCGGCGGCCGUUGCCCGCGGUACCCGCGUCCUCCCUGUCCCAUCCGUCCCGCUGCCGGUACUGUACGCGUUUUACACGGAGCCCGACGCGAAUAAAGGGAUUUAUUUCUGUAAA